AUGCACACGAGAUCUCAGGGUACACCACCUUUCGGAUUACUCUGUUAUCAAAGAAGGAAAGGGUCAGGAAGUUCAGCCGGGUUUGAAAUUCAACAGGAUUCGCCGAGUCCAAUCAGAGAUAACCCAUUAUUUGAGAGUAGUGACAGUGAUCUAGAAGCUGAAUCAAUGGCUGAGAACAAUGAGAUUCCACCACCCGCGGUGAGGUUUGGUGACACUCUCAGGUCGGGAGUCGACUUUCUAGGAGAAUUCGCCUACGCGAAUGACAACGUGAACAUUCCUCCUCAUUACAUUAGCUUGGUGAACGGGGGAAAUCUCUUCCAUGGGCGAGACGAUGAGGAUCCAACGAGCCACCUCAACGCGUUCUACGAAUUGACGAACUCUCAUCGACCCCCGAAUGUGGACCAUCAUCAGAUUAAGAGGGCCUUAUUCCCUUUCUCACUGAGGGAUAAAGCACGGGCGUGGUAUGAUUCUAUUCCGGGAUACAACAUAGCCACAUUCCAAGAGUUGAAGAUGUUGUUCCUCUUGGAAUAUAACUCUCCGAUGAAGAUCGAGAAGUUGAGAGAGGAGAUCACUACCUUCCGACAGAAAUAUGAUGAGUCUUUUGCGGAAGCGUGGAAGAGGUUCACUGAAUUGCUUAGGAAAUGCCCGAGCCAUGGUCUUGCUCCAGGGCAUGAGCUACUCAAGUUCUACAAGGGACUCAACAGUGAAGGCACGGGGUUGGUGACUGCAGGCUCGAAUGGAAAUCUGGACGACUUAACUCACGAGGAAGUGAGAGCUCUGUUCCAAAGGUUGGCAAACAACCAAAGGAAUUGGCAUAAUCCGAGAAGAGCGGCAGAUAAGAUGGGAGACACGUUCGGUGCUACCAAGGAGACGGAGAAAAUCACUGCAAUUGAGGCUCAGUUGGCGGAGAUAAGCACUCAGAUGUGCACGAUGACGAAGGCGAUAAAAUCCUUCCAACUGACUCCUCAACCCAUGGCUGUUUUGAAGUGUGGGUUGUGCCAAGGCGGACAUCACAUGGAUCAAUGUCCGAAUCUUGAAGGUCAGCCAAUAGAGGAUGUGAACUAUAUUGGUAACAAUCAGCAAGGGUUCAACCAAGGAAACCAGUACGGUAAUCAGCAGAACUGGAGGCCUCAACAAGUGAACUGGAAUCAGUCCGGUACUAGCAACCCUUCGGGUUCACAAUGGCGUACCAAUACUCCACCUCCGGGUUUUGAGAAGAAGCCUUCUAUGGAUGAACAACUGGGACAAAUCCUAUCUCUUAUGACUAAGACUCAAAAGGAGAAUGACUACUUCAAAGAAAAGACCGUGGAAAAGUUUGGGCAGUUAGAAGCUACAAUGAGGAAUCUUGAGACUCAAAUUGGGCAGAUUGCUACAGCAUCUCACACAAGAAUUCCUAAUGUUAUCCCGAGUGAUACAGUGCCCAAUCCUAAAGGUGUUGAACAGUGCAAGGCAGUUAAGUUAAGAAGUGGAAAGGAUCUUGAGUCUCCAAUCAUGCUAGAUGCACAAAAUGGCUCGAACAUCUUGCACGCAGGGGCGGACGAGAGGAUUGAGUGGGCUACUACCGAAGCUAGGGAAGGUCAACAAGAAAAAGAAGAGUCAACCAUGAGUGAUAUCCACAAGAAGAAUCCACUAAGUCCGGCAAUGGACCCGAAGUGUCCAUUUAAUUUUCCAGAUUUUAUCCCGCCACCACCUUUCCCAGUCGAGAAUAAGAAGAAGGGUAGGAAAAUAAUUCAAGAGAAAGGACUCGAUUGGAUGAUGAACAUUAUCAGGAAAGUUAAUGUAGAUGUGUCCCUGGUGGAUUUGUUCCUACACUUUCCUAAAUUCUCCAAGUUUUUAAAGAUCUUAUUGCGAAAAAGGAGAAGAUACAAGACGAUGGCGUGGUGA